UCGAAAACGGUGAAGUAUCAAAUAAGCAAUUGCAAGAUCUAAUUAAUUGUAGUCUCAUGUUACUGCAGGGCCGUGUAUACAAUGAAGAGUUAAUCUACGAUGCAAUAAUUGAAGCUGGUGUUGAUGUCAACAAACCUGAUAAGGAUGGCAAAACAGCUUUGCUCCAUGAUGUAUGGGAUGUAAAGGUAGUCCAUGCACUGAUUGAAGCUGGUGCUCAUGUCAACAUAACUGAUAAGGAUGGCAAAACAGCUUUGUUCUAUGCUCUAUCGAAAGAUCAUGAAGAGGUAACCCAUGCACUGAUUAAAGCUGGUGCUCAUGUCAACAUAAUUGAUAAGCAUGGCAAAACAGCUUUGUUUCAUGCCGUACAGAAUGAAAAGGUAACCCAUGCACUGAUUAAAGCUGGUGCUCAUGUCAACAUAAUUGAUAAGCAUGGCAAAACAGCUUUGUUUCAUGCAGUACGGAAUGAAAAGGUAACCCAAGCACUGAUUAAAGCUGGUGCUGAUGUCAACAUAACUGACAAGGAUGGUAAAACACCUUUGUUCUAUUCUGUAUACAAUGAAAAGGUAGCACAUGCACUAAUUAAAGCUGGUGCUGAUGUCAACAUAAUUGAUAAGCAUGGCGAAACAGCUUUGUUUCAUGCCGUACGGAAUGAAAAGGUAACCCAUGCACUGAUUGAAGCGCAUGCUGAUGUAAACAAGAUUGACAAGGAUGGCAAAACAGCUUUGUUCCAUGCUGUACUGAAUGAAAAGGUAACCCAUGCACUGAUUGAAGCUGGUGCUGAUGUCAACAAGAUUGACAAGGAAGGCAAAACACCUUUGCUCUAUUCUGUAUACAAUGAAAAGGUAGCACAUGCACUAAUUAAAGCUGGUGCUGAUGUCAACAUAACUGACGAGGAUGGCGAAACAGCUUUGUUGCAUGCUGUACGGAAUCAUCAUGAAAAGGUAGCUCAUGCACUGAUUGAAGCUGGUGCUGAUGUCAAUAUAACUGACAAGGAUGGCAAAACAGCUUUGUUGCAUGCUUUACUGAAGCAUCAUGAAAGGGUAGCUCAUGCACUGAUUGAAGCUGGUGCUGAUGUCAACAAGACUGAUAAGGAUGGCAAAACACCUUUGUUCUAUUCUGUAUACAAUGAAAAGGUAACCCAUGCACUAAUUAAAGCUGGUGCUGAUGUCAACAUAACUGACRAGGAUGGCRAAACAGCUUUGUUGCAUGYYKUAMGGAAKCAUCAUGAAAAGUUAGCUCAUGCACUGAUUGAAGCUAGUGCUGAUGUCAACAUAACUGACAAGGAUGGCGAAACAGCUUUGUUGCAUGCUGUACGGAAUCAUCAUGAAAAUGGCAAAACGGCUUUGUUCUAUUCUCUAUACAAUGAAAAGGUAACCCAUGCAAUAAUUAAAGCUGGUGCUGAUGUCAACAUAAUUGAUAAGGAUGGCAAAACAGCUUUGUUGCAUGCUGUACGGAAUCAUCAUGAAAAGGUAGCUCAUGCACUGAUUGAAGCGCAUGCUGAUGUCAACAUAACUGAUAAGGAUGGCAAAACGGCUUUGUUCUAUUCUCUAUACAAUGAAAAGGUAACCCAUGUACUGAUUGAAGCUGGUGCUGAUGUCAACAUAACUGAUAAUGAUGGCAAAACAGCUUUGUUCUUUGCUGUGGACAAUGAAAAGGUAAUCCAUGCACUAAUUGAAGCUGGUGCUAAUGUCAACAUAACUGAUAACAUUGGAAAUACACUCCUGAUUUGUGUUUUUGACAAUUCAAGGACGGUUAAUAGCAAAAAGUGUGAAGUUCUCUUAAAGAGUGGAUCAAGUUUAUGUGAAACAACUAAGAAACAAGAAUCAGUUUUUCAUUUGGCUCUAAGUAUUUGCCAAGACAACAUUUUCAGUUCAGAACUUGGUGACCUACAGAAACACUCCAUUUGGUUUGAUAUUAUGGAUGCCUUGAAACUUUUUUCCAAAUCAGGCGAGAGUAAAGUGGCUGUCAAUAAGCGAGACAUGCAUCUCAAUUCACCACUUCACCUGUGGGCAUCUUUUCAUUUGGUCUCACCACUUGAAUAUCAUAAAAACGUGUGUCAUGGAUACAGCUUUAAACAUAUGUUAAAGCGUGUCUUGGAUGUACUUGUAAGCUGUGGAAUAAAGCUAAACUACAGUAAUGAACGAGAACAGACCCCAUUGCACGUGUGCAAGACUUGGACUGCUGUGGAGCUCUUGUUAGACGCUGAUGCAAAGCCAGAUGUUACAGACUUAUCUGGAUGCACACCUCUUCUUACCGCUGUGAAGAGCACUAAAUGCCUCGAGAAAGAUUCAAAAUGUUUCUUUCCUGAUGUUGAUCAAACUCCAGAUGAGUUCUGGAAAGAAGUUCUCAACAGGAGACUUGAUCCAUGGACUGCUGAUAAGGAUGGAAAUUCCGUUUUAAGCAUCCUAGUCACGGAAGGAGCUGAAUGUCUUACCACAGCCUUGAUCGAAGCUGCAUGUCAUCUUAAGUGUGUGCAGUCAGAUGCAAUUGGAGUGCCUCUGCUCAUUACCAUUUGUAAAGACAAGUCCGUGGACAAAGAAUGGAAAGUUGAUCUUGUCAAGACCUUGCUAAAAUAUCGAAAGAGUCUUGCUCAUACAAGUUUGAGCAACAAAGACACUGCUCUGCAUAUUAGUUGCAAGAACAUGUUGGAGCUAACUGAAGAAAGUGUCAAGACUUCCGUGCAUUGGAAAAUUGCUCAGCAUCUCAUUUUGUGCGGAGCUGAUGUUAAAUCUGCUGAUAAGGAGGGCAAAUCCUGUUUGGACAUAGCAGAAAGCUGUCCAGAUCUCAAAGAACUUUUGUCAACGCCUGUCAACAUUGAACAAGUGCCUCCUCUGAUUGACUUAUGGAAGGUACCAAACAAGGUAUCAGGGAAGGUUUCAAAGACACAUCAAGGCCAAUUAGCAAAGGUUGCAAGAGGCUUUGAUUCUCAUCAAAUUGAGACAGUUUUUUAUUUCAAGGAAGCCUUAGACAAUGGAACGUUUGGUCUGGUGUUUGUGGGAAUGAACAUAGAAGAUGGAAAAGAAGUUGCUGUAAAGAGAAUUGAAGCAAUGAGGGUAGACAUAGAAAACGUCACAAAAGAGAUUGAAGACCUUAAAUUGGUCUUGAGCUGCAGCAACGUCAUUCAGUGUUUGCUAUGUAUCAUUGAUGACGAUUUUUUAUAUGUGAUCUUGGAGCUGAUGGAAGGGAAUCUUGACGAUCUACUCCAAGAGGGGUACGAUUUUGUCAUCAAUCAAGAGACCAAGCUUUGUAGAGAUAUUUGCACAGGAUUAGAUUAUUUGCACAAUCAUGACAUCAUACACAGGUGUAUAAAACCAAGUAACAUUCUCUACCAAGGGAUUCAUUCAGAAAUAAAACUGAAGCUUGCUUUCUUUGGUUUAAGAAGCCAGAUGUGUGAAGAGCAGCGUACCUCUGCAUUAACGGAUACAUAUGAAUCUCUGACUAAGGUGAGAUGCUGGAUGGCACCAGAAGUGUUGCAAUCGCAGAGUCAUUCCAAGUCUUCUGAUGUUUUCUCGUGUGGACUUGUGAUCCAUUACAUUCUUACUAACAAGAAACAUCCUUUUGCUCGUCGUGGAUCUAGCAAAGAAAACUUACUAGCAGUAAGUAUUGAAACCGUUGAAAACAUUGCUCAAGAUAAAAUAGAACUGGAUGAAACUAUAUCAUCUGAUGCACAUGACCUUCUGCAAGGAAUGCUUGAUCACUACAAGCGCAAGCGUAUAAGUAUUUCAAAUGCAUUGAAACAUCUGUUCUUCAAGUAAAAGUCAGGAAACGUUGAACUUUUUAAUUAUUAUUGAUUGAUAGAUAAAUAGAUUAAGGUAGGAAGGGGGAGGGGGGCAGGAGAUAAUUCAUAGACCUCUAGAUUUGGGACGUUGAUAUUAUCCUCUGAGGAAUCGAAAGUUUUCUCAGGGAAAUCAAUUAACUUUUUCCUGCCAUCCAACAUGGCUGUCGUAAUUGAAGCAAUGUGCCUUAAAAUUUACAUGCAUUUUACUUUAAUCGUAUUCCAAAGAAUGUACAAAGUAAACCAUGCAUGUAAAAUAUAUUAUYCAUUAGUUAGUGUUACUCAAACAGAAAUAUCUUUUACAGUACUGUCAGUGUUUAAUAUACAGUGAGGGGCUGGGAAGAUAGGAUAGGUGGGAAUAAGUCUAGCUUCUUGUGCAAUUGCGAUAUAAUUUCUUUAUUAUACAAUUACAUUUAAUUGUCUUUGGCGCCCUUGUUCCAUGAGAGAAUGAAAGCAUUGGAAAUCAAGAAAUUCCAGGAUGAGAAAGAAAAUCGAAAAAUUCUCUGGUUCAGGAAGAAAGCACUGGGUUUAUGCUAGAAACUAAAUCUAUAAGCAUUCACAUCAUGGAGUUGAACUCCGUGCCUAUCAUUGACCAGAGGCAAUAAAUUAUUGCCAGAGAAAAAAUUACAGUUAACUUUAAAUUUUUCUUCGAUUGUACUGAACAAAUUCGCUAUUACAUCAAAUUCUUCUUUUGUUUAUUUUACCCCGCAUGCCCAACACACAUAAGUAGAGUUUGUUUGUUUUCUCCUGUGCCAAGAAGGCUUUUCUAAAGAUUCUCUGGUUUUCCUUCCUCCCACUAUAAAAAACAUACAUGUGAAAUGAGAGUUGCAUCCAUAGAAUAUUUGAAUAGAAUACUAUUUGUCAACUUUGUUUUUAUUUCAUGGUUUUACUGCAUGCGCUCUAAUAUAGUGUUUUAUGGGUUAACAUAGGUUUAUAUAAUACAGUAUAUUAUAUUAUUCUUAAAGUUGACUUUGACUGAUGAUGAUGAUAUUCAUAAGUGUUAGAAUUAGCAAUUAGUAUUUUGAUUAUUAUCCUUAAAUGAAGGUGACUUUUACUGAUUGUGAUAUUCAUAAGUGUUAGAAUUAGCAAAAAGUUUUAUUUAAAGUAU